CCUGGGACCAGUGCCCUCAUGAUCAGGGCCCAACAGCUGCCUGGAACACAGGCAUGGCCCCAGGUGCUGCUGCUGCUUCCUCCCCUGCACCCUGGGCACCCCAAGCCCUCGUAGCACGCAUUGCAAACACUGUCCCACCUAAAUAAAAGCUCAAUGCAGGCAUUGAAAGCCCAACAGUACGGGAAGUUUCUCCGUGCUUUCCUGUUUACCCCAGGACGUCCGCUCCCAGAGCUCUGUCCCAGGAUCCCGCAGCAAGAUGGAGUAAGGCAGGGAGGGGUCAGACCAGCACCCCGACCCCGCAGCGUUACCCCAUUUCAGUGCUGCAGCCUGGGUGACAGCUCCUGGGGCCAAGGGCUGGGCGGCUGCCAGCAGCUUUGGCUUCCACCCACCAGUGCCAGCAGCCGGACCCGGAGCCUCACCCGCAGCUGGAUCCCUGCAGGCGGCUCCUCUGGAGGCUCCGCUUCCUCCAGGCAGGAAUUCUGCUCUGCCAUCGCCCCGGACAGGGAAGGGGAGGGACUCCUGGCCUGGAGCAGCAGGGAGGAGGAAGGCUCCAAACCGACGUCCUGCCUCGGUUCUGCGUUGGCCGUCAGCCGUGCCGGAGACGGACGCAGUGCCAGGCUGGGGGCAGCGGGUCACAGCCGGAGCCGGGGGGGAUUUGGUUUCUGGAGCAAAUGACGAGAAGAUUCCUCUUUGCAAUCUGCUGCUUCGGGGAAGGUUUGCCAGCAUGCACCAGCAAGGCGGGGAAAGGAAAGAAGGGAAGCCAGAGCUGCCAGCAGCAACGGGAGAUGAAAGCCAAGGCACGGACAGAGUGUGGGCAUGGGCAGCGGUGCUGCACUUCUUCCUGGUCAAUGUGUUCGUGAUGGGAAUGCUCAAAACCUUUGGCAUUUUCUUCGUGGCAUUCCAGGAGGAGGUGGGGGGCUCCUCGGAGCAGGUCAGCUGGAUCGGCUCCAUCAUGUCCUCGCUGCGCUUCCUGGGAGCCCCGCUGGUGGCCGUGGUCUGCAGGCGGCUGGGCGAGCGGCCGACCUCCAUCCUCGGGGCCGGGCUGGUCAGUGGGGGCUGCCUGCUCAGCACACAGGCCACCAGUGUCCCCUUCCUCUGUGUCUCCAUGGGACUUCUGCUGGGCAUGGGCUUCUGCUGCCUGUACCAGGCGGCGGCGGUGAUGACGGCCAAGCGCUGCAGGACCCGGCUGGCUUUCUCCAACGCCAUUGCCCGCUCGGGGAUGGGCCUCACCUUCCUGACUGCGCCCUUCACGCAGCUGCUCAUUGACACCUAUGGGUGGCAGGGUACUCUCCUGCUUUUCAGCGGCAUCAUGCUGAACCUCGUGCCUUCCAGCAUGCUGCUGCGCCCCAUCCGCACCCAGCUGCCCCCGCGCUCCCCGGCAAGCAAUGAGGACGGGUGCUCGGUGCCCAAAGGAGAGGCAGGAGCCCUCGGAGGACGCCUCGAGGAAGCCACCACCGGGGCAGCACAGCCACGCAGCGCUCAGGACCUUCCCAGCACCGAGCCACCCGCAGAGCCCUGCAGCAGCGCCAGCUCUGCUGCAAUAACCCCAGCAACGCCAGGGGAAGCCCCCAGCCAGGCCACGAGGAGCUGCAGAUCCCCCCCCGUGCCCGAAAAGGAGAAGCCGCAGCCUCUCGUCGACUUCUCCCCCCUGAAGGAUCCCCUCUUCUGCAUUUUCACCUGGUCCUUUCUGUUCAGCCACCUGGCCUACUUCGUGCCCAUCUUCCACCUGGUGGCCAGAGCCAGGACGCUGGGCAUAAGCAGCAUGGAUGCCUCCUACCUCAUCUCCGUGGCCGGCAUCACCGAGACGGGCAGCCAGCUGCUCUCGGGGUGGAUCGCCGACCAGAACUGGACCAAGAAGUACCACUACCACGUGGCUUACCUGGUGCUGUGCGGCGUGGCCAACCUGCUCUGCCCCCUGGCCACCACGUUCCCUCUGCUCAUGACCUACGCUGUGGCCUUCGCCGUCUUCUGCGGCGGAUUCCUGGCUCUGGUGCUCCCCGUGCUGGUGGACCUCGUCGGUGUGCCAAAACUCCACAGCUACUUGGGCUUCGCUUCCUUCUUUGCUGGGAUAGCAGCUGUUGGAGGACCUCCUCUAGCAGGGUGGCUGUAUGACUACACGCAGACUUACGCCUGCUCCUUCCUCUUGGCCGGGGCCUGCGCUCUCCUCUCUCCCGUCUCCUUCCUCUUGGAGCCGCUGGCCCAGAAGUGGAAGCUGCAGAAAAACCAACGUCCCCACGCAGGGUGAAGCUGUCCUGCUCGGGAAAGGAUCGGCUUCGGAUCCAGGCGCCUGCCAGCACGGACCUGCAACGUCAAAGCAGGAGCUGUUCCGUGUUACACCCACAGCCAGCACAUCCAGAUGUGUGAUUAAAGCCACCGAAACGCA